AAAUGGAAGAAGAGAGUGGAAGUGGAGUGAGGAGAAUGAAGAAUACCACUGUUCUGCCGUGGGAAAUGAUAAUUGAAAUCCUGUUGAGGUUGCCGGUGAAGUCUCUUGUCCGAUUCAAAUGUGUAUGUAAGUCAUGGUUUGUUCUCCUAUCAGAUCCUCGCUUUGCAACAUCACAUUUUGAACUAGCUUCAGCACGGACACACACACUUAUAUUAAUAGCCCCUUCUGCUUCUCAAAUCCGUUUCAUAGAUUUCAAUGCACCCCUUCACCAUGAUUUUGCUUCCGCUGUCAUAAACCUCAGCUUUCUGCCUCCCAACACUUGUUACAAACUCCAAAUCGUAGGUUCCUGUAGAGGGUUUCUACUUCUCAACUGUUGUCAAAGUCUCUGGGUGUGGAAUCCAUCCACACGUGUCCACAAAAAAGUAUCUCCCUCACCUAUUGAGUUCACUAUGAAUGCCAUCUGUUUCACCUUAUCCUAUGGUUUCUGGUAUGACCCAUCAAAGGAUGACUACUUGGUGGUUAAAGCCUCCCACAAACCAAACUCGCGAUAUAAUGCGACAUGCGUGCAGUUUUUCUCGCUCAGAGACAAUGCUUGGGGAGAUAUUGAGGCUUCCCAUUUGUCUUAUUUAGACUCCUUCGAGAGCACCAAAGGAGGGUCUAUUUUGAACGGUGCUAUUCAUUGGUUGGGGUUUCGUCAUGGUAUGUCAAUGUUUGCCGUUGUUGCCUUUGAUUUAACAAAAAGGAGUUUUUCGGAGAUACCCCUGUCAGAUGAUUUUCAGGGUCACUUUGAAUGUUGUGAUUUGGGGAAACUUAGAGAAUUGCUCAGUCUAUAUUGUAUUGUGGGGUGGAACCAGUCGGUAGAAAUAUGGGUGAUGAAUGAAUACAAAGUGCAAUCAUCUUGGACUAAGGCUAUUGUUGUGUCUAUUAAUGAUAUUCCCACUGGAUGCUUCUCCCUUAUUUGUUCUACAAAAGAUGGUGAUAUGGUUGGGACUAAUGGGCGUUGUAGAUUGGCAAAAUAUAAUGACAAGGGUCAGCUACUAGAGCAUCGAUCCUAUUGUAAUGGUCCAUGUCGAUCCCAGGUCUCUGUGUAUACAGAAUCUCUGUUUUCACUCCCGUGACAGUGAGCAAGCUGAAUAAGAUUACUGACAGUAGCGGAUGAGAAGGACUAUGUUGUGAAAUAUUUCCUGGUACCUGUACUAUUAUCUUGAUAAUCACUGUGUGUUGUGAUUUAUGAAUUCCUCUGGUAUAUUAUGUUGUGAACAAGUAAUACCUGGAAUCAUGAAAUUGCUAUUUCAUCAUUAUGUUUUGUUUUAUGAUUAUUUCAUCAUGAUGUUGUAACCGUGUUGUUGUUGUUUAUAAUUUGUAUCUUUCCACUCUUGCACUGAGAUCUUAGCUUAGCCUUAAUACUAAUAGUGAAUUCAUUGUAUUGCUGGCAUGAUAUGUGGCCAUGUUUUGAAUUGGGAAAAUAAGUUGAUAGCUGACACUGUUGAUAUAAACUGGAUACAACGCUA